AUGAGAGGUGGUAGAUUUUCAGGAGGUCCUAGAUUCCAGAGGCAAGGAGAUUCUGGAAGAGGACGUGCUCCUUUGUGCCGCAGAUGUAAUAAUAGGCAUUUUGGAGAGUGUAGGCGAGGCAACAUUGGAUGUUUUACUUGUGGGCAGGUGGGACAUAGAGCUAUAAAUUGUCCCCAGAACCAGCAGAGGCCCCAACAGCCUUCUAUGCCACCACCAGCGCCGAUCCAGCAAGUUCCAGGGUCUGGUAGUUAUGGUCAGAUGGGUCGAGGUGGUGCUUACCAUUAUCAGGGCGAUGCCGCUCCUUAUGCUCCAGGACCAUAUCAAUAUUCACAUGAUCCUUAUUACCAAAGUGGGUAUUCUCAGUAUCUUGGAGGGUAUACACCGUAUCCUCCCAUUUCAGCUAGUUGA